CUUUUCAAGAGCGUCGAAUGACAUGGAAGAUUAUCCACAAUGCACAUUUCAAAAUGGAGGACUCCAAGUGUUGCUGUUAACAUAAUUCCACAGGGCAAAAUGGCUUCACAGCAGAGACCGUUUGUCCUGACUUAUAAGUCAGACGAAAUAGACAAACUUGCCCAUCGAGCUAUUGAUGGAGUGCGAAGCAACAAAAUCAAACCAGUGGACUAUGAAAAAUUGAGAAAUCUUGCUGCAGAAAAGAAAUUUUCAGCCCACAAAACACUCUUAAAAGUUAAAAAAUUUGAGCAUUUAUCGAAACAAAACAAGGAAAACCACCUUCUAAAACAACAUAAGCUUGUUUGGCAGAAAGAGUUUAUUCGCUUGAACUGUAUGAGAAAAAGAAUUCAGAGUGACAUUGAAAACCAUAUUCGAGACAAUUCAGAGACUGGGAUUUGUUCUCAGAUGUACCAGGAGUUUGAAGACUAUCAGACAGGCCUUGAGAAUGACUUUGCACAAUUUAAGAAGGCUACUACAGAACCAGUUUGGAAUUUACGGGAGGAUUUGCAGUUCUGGAUGCAGGAGAACAUGGCCGACCUGCGGCUGGGCGCGCCAGACGCUGUACAGAAGCAUGCAGAGAUACGGUGCAUGGUGGACUCUGUGAAAUCCCAGCAGGGUCAGGUGCUGGAGAGACUGAAACAUGAGCAGACGUGUCUGGAGCAGGAACUGAAAAUGGGUGAGAUGGGAGAAUUUGGUAGUGUUAACAUGUACAAGCGCCCGCACAUAGACCAGGGCAUUCCCGAGGAGGCCUUUGACCUGGAGUGUCCAGACGAAGACCUCAAGGCAAACGUCCUCAAGGAAUUCAUCUACAUAGACGAGAAAUACUUGGAAAGGUUGAAUGCACUUGAGGAGGACCAUGAGUGGACUUUGAGUCAUGGUCAGUAUGGGGGCUGGGACGAGAUGGACCAUUUCCACUUUGUCUGCAUUUACGACCAGUACACACAUGACCUGGCUAACCGGCGGACACUCAUCAUCGACCGAAUAAAACGACAAGUGCCAGGGAAGACUCGGCCUGAUAUUGUAGAGCAUGAACACUGGUGGGACACAUACAAGUUCUUCAAUCAGCGCUCGCGGGCAAUCAUGUCAGACUGGGCACGGGACCGACAUGAGCUGAUGGAGAAGUCACGCUCCGUGUUCAUGGAGGCGUGUGUGGCCCACGAGUUGGAGGAGGUGAAACUGGAGUACACAAAGCGACAGGAAGCACUCAGAGAUGCUCUGUAUGAUCAGGUGCUGAAGUGGAGGGAGCAGAAGAUGGAGGCGAUGGACCUGCAGGCCACCAUCAUGGAGAACCAGCGUGCUGAGAUCCAGAGGAGACAGGCAGAGGAGCUGGAGAGGGAAUCCCAUCGCAGGAAGGAGGAGAGGAAAAAGGUCAAGGAGUUUCAAGAUGAGAGAUCUCAAAAACAGAAAGAGGAAGAGGAGGCCCACAAACAGAGACUUGCUGCGAUACAGAGGGCGCUAGCUGAGCAAGCUGUAUAUGACAGAGAAAGAAUUAAGUAUCGUGAGGAGCAGAUACAAAGGAAGAUUGAAGAGCGAAAGCACCUGGAGGAGGAAAAGGACUUGGAGGAACAAGAGAAGGAGUACAGACUAGAGAUGCUACGGGAAAAAGUGCGAGUGGUUGCCGAGAGUAAUCCAGAGCGUAUGAUGUCGGACACAGUGGCUUGGCAGGCUCGACAGAAAGAGGAGGAGGCUGUCAACAUACAGAAGCCUCUCUUCAAUAUCACAGGCUUCACUGCUACACAGGUGACUUCAGACAACCGGGUUCGGCUGGAGCAGAAAUUGAGAGAGGCGGGACUUCACACGUCCAGCUACGCCCGACAGAUCUUGAGUCAGGUCCCGCCACCCCAGCCUCCCCGCCGCGAUAUGGAGUCUAAAGUGUUCAAGUUUGAUUGAGUCUGAAAUAUCCUGCUUAGAAACGCACAUUGACGCCUUGAAAAACAAAUUCAAUUAAAUACCUUUCUUAAUAGAUUCAAAUUUAAAAGGCUUCAUUUCCAACCCUACAAUACUGAUAAGCAGCAAACAGCAUAAAAUCUAAGCUCACUGGCUGUUCUGGUUUUAUAAUGGUUGCAUAAAGCUAUUUCCACUUUGCUUCUGAAAGGGAAAUAGUUAAUAAUGAAUUUGAGCUGCUUUUAGUGAACUUUGUUGGAAAAUUAUAUAGGAGUGAUGCUUGUAACACUUAUGUUCAUUGCAAUUCUUUAAAUAUGAUAAUGACAAUAAAUGAAAAGUUAAAGGCGUAAAUUAAAAUGCUUGAACUAGAUAGACAAGGCCAUUAUUGUCUUUACCCAGAACUACAAACUGUACAAAUGUGUUUUGUUUAAUUUGUCCUAUGUUUAUUUGAAAAUAUCAGUGAUUUUAUAAAAAUUACAAUUAUGUAGCUACAUGCACAAUUAGUUGUACUUCCUGCACAAUUAAUACAUUGAAUCAAACUGCUUUCUAAUGACUAUUCUCGUUUUUAUCAUCAGAAAGUUUAUGUAUUGCCAUAUCUAUUGUUUGUCAAUAUAAUUUAAAGUUUAUUAUACUUUGACUGUGAUAACAUUUUGCAUGAUCUUAUUAAAAUUACAAGGAG